AGGGAAGGAGAUUAGUACAGCUGUAAAUUGUGGAGAGAGAACAAGCCCAACAAGAAAAAUGCUGUGGAGCCUGUUGUUCUUCUCUCUGAUUGCUCCCUUCAACACAGAAAGUAUACAACUGAAUGGGACCGAAACAAGCCAGUCUUCAAUCUAUGAAGACGACAAUACAUUGAAAUACACUUCUGACAGAGCUAUUGAUGGGGAUGUAAAGAUAUGUACUAACACCAAGCAACAGAUGAACAGCUGGUGGAGAAUUGAUCUGAUGGGUGUCUACAGAAUUAGUAGUAUCGAAAUCUUCAACAAAGCGUCUGUUCAUAGUGUUAUAAACGGUUGUGAGAUCUACAUCGGGUACUCUCCUGAGCUCAACAGAACUGCCGACCUCAAGUUUGAAACAAUUGAAAACUUCGCCACAGACAUUUGGAAUACCUUUAAAGGUAAUGGAAAUGUGUCUGGACGCUACAUCACUGUGAUCUACCCAAAAGAGGAGCCUUUAGUUCUGUGCGAAGUGAAGAUCAAUGGCACAAAAGAAGAAUCACCCUUUGUGCUGAUCCAAGAGAAUAAGACUUGGGAAGAAGCUCUGUCUCACUGCAGGGCCCAGAACAUGGACCUGGCUUCCAUCCUUGACGCAAACACCCAGACCCUGGUUGGGUUGGAGGCCAUGAAGGCCACCACUGACUUUGUGUGGCUGGGCCUCGGCCACAUCUGCAUCCUUGAUUUCUGGUUCUGGGUUAAUGAUCACUGCUUAACAUUUGAAUACUGGGCCCCAGAAAGUGGGACAGACGUCUGUGACGUGAGUGCUGCCAUGGAAAAAAAUUGGGAGCAUCAUUGGCACAAAAAGAACGCUGAUCAGCAGCUUAAUUUCAUCUGUGCAAAGUGAGAGAAAUCAUUGUUGUUGUCUCUUCUCUGGUCUUAUUUUAAUUUGGAUUAGGUUUAGUAGUGGCAAUAUUGUGUUCCAACAGAUUCUCCUCCAAUAGGUAGGCUAUGUUACGGUUCAGGCUCAGUGCAGCAGCAUCCCAUAUAAAAGUGAUGGAACAAAGCGGAGGGUAUUUCCACUGAUCAUUUAUACUUUAAAUUGGUUUAAAUGGCAACAGUUGAUUUAAUUUGUGUCACUAUGUAUUUUAGGCCAGAUAUGCAGUGACUUUGUAAAAUGUGUUCAAAGUGUUUUCAAUGUAUCCUUCAUUUGUAAUUUAUGAUACUUUAAUAUAGUGAUUAAAUAAUAUAUAUAUUUUAAAUCAUAUUAUUGAAAUGGAUUCUGGCUUCAUUUGAAUGGU